AAAAUUAUAUUUUAAAAAUAAAGACUAAAAUUGAGUGUGGUGAGUUUAUAAUCAGCUGACACGCAGACAAUGAAAGUUCAAGAUCAAAUUAAGGUCCACCUCUAACGCGCUCUGUUUACCAUUGUGCGUACGUGUGUGUGUGCGAGUGUGGGAUGAGCGGGAAAUGAAAACGGCGGCAAUCGGACAGAGAGAGAGCGCGAAAAUCAGGAACAAGCACAAAAUUCCAAUGAAAAAAAAUUCCGCCAAUUGAGAUUUAAUGAACAACUUGCCAAUUUUAAAAGUCGAAAUCUAACAAAUUGUUAAUAAAUAUAAUAACGAUCGCGAUUGCCAACUGAGAGAGUGAGAGAGACUGAUCGAAAUUGGAUCGAUAUGGCAAGUAAACGGCUGAGUUUGAUGCUGGGGGAGGAUGAGCAGUUGCUGGGAGAUCAGCAUGGCAUAGAUAAUCAGGAGAACAUUGAUCCCAGUUCGGCAAAGCGUUUCAAGAGGCAUGCGAAAUCGUCAGUGGAGUCGCCAUUGCAGCGCAUGUUGCAACGUCAACUGUUCAGCAACUCUUGCAACUUGUCGCCAAUCACAGAGUUGUCGCAUAACAUGCGGGACACACUGUUAAAUGGCGGUGGCGGUGGCACUCCCAAAUCCAGCAUGUUGCGGAAAUCCAGCUACAACAGCGUCUCGUCCUCCAGCUACGAUUCGGGCAACUCUCUGGAUGAUGAGUAUAUGGCCAUGUUCGAGCUGGAAGCAUUUGAGCAAAUGCCGGAGAAUAAGCUGCCCGGGGAUCUGGAUGCCUUGAUCAGUGGCCAAUUGAAGACUACUAAAGAUGAGCUUGUGCCUACAGUGAGCACUCGCUCGGUGCGACGUUGUCUCAGCAUGUCACAGCAGGAGUCACUCGAUAUCACGCCCAUUCGGCCCACCCAUAACAACAACAACAACAACAAAUUGAAGUCGGAUUCGGAGGCACCAGUUAAUCAAGUGAUGCGUAAGUCCAUGUCCAUGAGCAAUGUGGACAUACUGACCGCUCUGGGGGAUGAACCCGAGCUCAUUGGUGAUCUGAGCAAACCGUGUGCUUUGCCCGUACUCCUCGCCGGAGUGCGACAUCGCGACCUGAAGACCAUCUCCUGUGACACUCUGGCGCGUCUGAUGCGCGGCGACUUCUCCCAACUGUCCGCCAAUUACAAGAUCAUUGAUUGUCGCUAUCCCUAUGAGUUCGAUGGAGGUCACAUCCGUGGCGCCCUCAACUUGUACACGCGCCAGCAGAUCAAGGAGGCCUUUCCCACCACAACGGGGAUGCAGUCGCAGGAUCAGCGUAGCAUCUAUGUGUUCCACUGUGAGUUCUCCUCGGAACGUGGCCCGAAGUUGCUUCGUUUCCUGCGCAACAACGAUCGCAGCGAGCACACUCAUGAUUAUCCCACAUUGUCCUAUCCGGAGCUAUAUCUGCUGCACAAUGGCUACAAGGAGUUCUUCAGCAGCCAUGCGAAUCUCUGCGAGCCCUCGAACUAUGUCCCAAUGCUGGCCCCGGCCCACAAUGAGGAGUAUCGUCUGUGUCGCGCCAAGACCAAGUCCUGGCAAUGUGGCGAUAGCGAUGCUGGUGACAGUGGUAUCGGUGGUGGUGGUGGUGGUGCAUCUGAUGGUUCAUCUUCGUCUUCGACACGUUCCCGCAUCCUGUCUAAGUCACGCUCUCGUCUCCUCUACGCCGAGUGAUUGAACCCACUUAACUUGCCCCUAAUCUCUAUCUAGAGUUAAGUAGCUUUAAAAUUUAACCAAAGGACGCAAAUUUUUAGUUUCGUUUCGUUGUCCAAUGGAUUUUCAUGUAUUUUGUUUGAAUUAUUUUUAAUUUUCCGCAUUUAGUGUUGACAGUUCGACAAACUAAAAAAAACUAGUGUUUCCAAAAAAUCCUCUAGUCAGUGCUAAAAAAAAUUUCGUGAUUAAUUGGUUCAGUUAAUUCAUUUAGUUUAACGUUGAAAUUUUCUCUAGUUCUAAUUAUAUUAAUUAUUAUAAUUAUAAUUUUAAGUAUAUUAAAAAAAAAAAAGAAUAUGAAGAACAAAUGAAAUCCCCGAUAUUAGGUAUAUAACUGUGUAUAUGUUUGUUUAUAAUUUAUUCAAGUUAAUUAUUCAAAUAUCUGUUUGUAUCAAUGAAAAUUCUCGAAAUAACCUUGGAAGAUUAUAAAAAAAACCUAGUUUUAGCACUCACUAUAAUUUAAAUGAUUGCUGCAACAGAGUAAACCUCAUUUUGAUCCUUCAAAUAUCGGUUGUAAAGCUGAGAAGUUAUCGAUUUUGUUUCUAAGUGUACAUUUUAGUUAAUAUUAUAUUGGAAGUACUUAUAAAAGAAGAAAUCUAUAAUUAAAAUCGCAGUCAAGUUUUAGAAAGAUUCACUGUUAUUAAUUACU